AUGGUGCAUGUGAGGUUCAAUUCACAACGGUGAUCUCAUCAUCAUCAUCAUCAUCAUCAUCAUCUUCAUCAAAAAAAGAGCGAUGGGGAAUGCAUCAGCUAAGAAUGCAAGAAGACUAUCAACUUCUACCGGAAGUAACUCCAAGAGAGUCCACUGGGGUGGUCCAGGAGUUCCAGCACCACCUGGAAAGCCAGUCCUAAUUCCUGGAUCAUCAGACGACGCUCAACCGGACAUUGUCGGCAUUCGCUGGGAACGAUCGCCAAGUAAUGGUGGUGCUCCGAUAAUUGGAUAUUUAGUCGAACACCGACGCAUGGGGUCGCCUCAUUGGGUCAGAUCGUCGCCAAACCUUUGUCCAUUUCCUGAAUUGACUCUCAGUGGACUAGAACCAGGAUGGAGGUAUCAGUUUCGCGUGAGAGCGCAAAAUAGCUUAGGAAUCUCUCAACCGAGUGAACUGUCAGAUCCGCUGACAGUUACGCUUCAAAGAUCGGCAGCUACUAUACCACACUUUGAAUUGGAACUUAAAGACACUACUGCACUUGAAAAUGAACAGGCAGAAUUUGUUGUAAAAUUUUCCGGGUUACCAAUUCCAAAAAUUUCAUGGUUCAAAGACGGCUUUGAAAUUUUUAGCAGUAGAAGAACAAGAAUAGUGACAGAGAACGGUAAAAGUACACUUCUUAUCCAUCAAACAGCGUUGAAUGAUGAAGGUGAAAUAAAAUGCACGGCUACGAAUCGUGCUGGGCACAUUAGUACUCGCGCGAAACUUAUUCUCGAAGCUGCACCACGAAUACGGCUUCCCAGGCAGUAUGAAGAUGGACUCCUCUUCGAGCAAGAUGAAGCAGUCAGACUGAAAGUAUCCAUAGCAGGGAAACCUGCGCCUAAUGUCACCUGGUUACACGACGGUGAAGUUAUAAAACCAGAUGAUAGACACAUUAUCGAUGCGGCUGACAGUGGAGAGUGCUCAAUGAGGAUACCUGCGGCUAGGAGAAAAGACCGCGGAGAGUACACCGUGAAAGCUGUUAAUAAGCUUGAUCGUCCAUCAGCACCAGGAAAGGCAAAAAUUGCAAUGACCUUGGGCAGAUCCGUGACAUUGUCUUGGAGCGAACCUGAAGAUGAUGGUGGCUGCAAAAUAGGAACAUACAUUAUUGAGUAUUAUCGGAUUGGUUGGGACGUCUGGCUAAAAGCUGCAACUUGCCGGCAACCAACGACAACCUUGAGCGAGCUCAUUGAGGGCUCGGAGUAUAAAUUUCGCGUUAAAGCUGAAAACCCAUAUGGUGUUAGUGAUCCAAGUGAAGAAAGUGAUGUCAUCUUCAUUCCAGACCCAAAACGAGGAAUACAUGCACCACCUUUACGACCAGAUAAAUCACAAAGUCAACGAGAGAUCCACCGAGGCAGAACUGAAAGACGUGAUCAAAGUGAACCGGCUAAGAGAACUCGUAGCUUAACACGUGAAGAAGCGAUUCGUGAUAGUCAUGCUAAUGAAUUUCAGACUCCACCUUCCAGAUCAGCAUCCGCACAUAAAUUAGUUUUGGGCCCGCCACCCAAACCCCCGCGUGCUGAUAGCAGAGUUACUUUUUCAGAUACCGUUUUUUUGCAUCUCGAAAAGCCUCUUGAAGACGAUGAUGUACCGACAAUCAUUGUACCAGAGAAACUACCAAGUCCUCCAGUGCUUACAAGACAAGCCACAAUAGACACUUUCGAAAGGCCAUAUGUCCUACCAAUCGAAAAAUCCCCUUCUCCACUUCCGCCAAUACAAGCUCACAAAGAAGAAAACCGUCUGAAUAAACCCACCCGACCUUUUUUACCCCGCGAGGCAACAGAAGACGAAGACGAUACAAAAUUCCGUGACAGUUCCGAAAUAAUGCUCGUACUUUACCCAGACGAGGAUGCUUCACCAGGAAAGCGCAAUCCUUUGGUCAGAUCAUCUUCAGACGGCGAAGCCGAAGCUGAAGAAGACGAAGAUUUACUUCCACCCCCAAUGUCCCUAUCGUUGCCCGAAUUAUUCAGCGCGAACCACCAAGUGGUCGAAAUUCUCCGCGAAGCUGUAAGUUCCACAGAAUUACUCCACGAGCGUGCAAUGGAGCGAUUUUACAAAGCAGUGGCUGUCGAAGAAGCUGAGGCUGCUAAAAAAAGUGACUCGGUAGUAGACAAACCCAAAGAAGGCUUGGACUUCAUUUCAGGUCGCUUGAGAAGCACCCGAUUGAAAAGAAGACCUUCCUCAGGUUCUCCAGUUGGAACUCAGGCUAAAAACAAAUGGACCCGCCGGCGGUCCAGCGAAGGACAAACUUCUCCUCAAUUACGCAACCUUCCUCCAAGUUUAAUGUUACCCGCGCCUCAGAUAAUUGCCUCAGAUCCCAAUUUGCAUGAAGAAGAUCCCCCAGAAGUUCUCAAGCCAGCUUCUCCAGCAACUCUUGCUAGCUUACACCACUGGGACGAUAAAAAUAUGCCUUUAGUUCCUGAACAUCACGCGGAAGAAUUUAUGCUGGAGCCUUCUGAAGAAUCUUUCACCCGAAUUGAGUACCGGCGCGAUGUAAAAACUCCUGAUAGAGAAAUUGCGUAUGAUUCUAUUGUCGCUGAUGAUUACGAAGAGUCUACUGAUGCAGAAUCUGAACCUGAAAGCGACUCAAGUGAAGAUUUAAGGACACUCAAGUCCAGGAUUCUCGCCCAGCCGAUUAUGGACGAGGAGGACACUUAUCAUCCGCGUGGGCGGCCUAUUUUAUAUGUACCACCUCCUGAUCCUGAGCAUAGGGUUCAAACAAUUGAUAUUGUCCCAGCCAGGCCUUUUUAUAAUGUCUCUCCCAAUAAUAACAAUAACAACAACAAUAGUAAUCAAAUUCAGCCUAAAUCUAUUUUAAAAAAACGUACGGAGGAAGAUCCAGUUCCUUUAAAUAGCUUCGGAAGACCAAUUCCUCCGGAAAAACCAAUAGAACGCCAGGAGAAAAAAGAAGUUCCUGUGGAACCUCCUGUUACCUUGAGGAAGAAAUCAGUAACUGAUUUGUCUGAUGGAGCAGUUGCUAAUAAUAAUAAUAAUAAUAAUAAUAAUAAUAAUAAUAAUAAUAAUAAUAAUAAUAAUAAUAAUAAUAAUAAUAAUAAUAGUAAUACUCCUGUUAUGUCAGAGUUAGAUAGUGAUAAUGCAAGUCUUUUAAAUGCUGCUGAAGUUGCUAAAAAUAGGAGGCGCUCUAAUCAAAAACCAGUUGUUGAGAAGAAAUCUUCUGUUGAAGAAAAAGAAGAUCUGGAAGCUAGGCAGGCUGUUGUUGAUCAUUAUAUGGAAAUUGUUAGGGAAUAUUCUCUAAGUCAUGCUGUUCAUCCUGUUAAUUAUUCUAGAUAUUCUUCUAAUACUUCCAAUGGAGCUAUUACUACUACUACUAAUAAUAAUAAUAAUAAAAAUAAUAAUGUUAAUGAUAAUAAUAAUAAUAAUAAGGAGAAUAAUAAAGUAAAUUCUGGAUUAAUUCCAAGUUUGAAUAUUCAGACAAAACAAAUUGAAAAUAUUACGUCGAAAAAAGAAGAAAUGGGAAGAAGAAAUAAUUUAACAAGAGUUACAACUGUUGAUAGUUCUUCUUCUUCUUCUAUUCCAAGUGCAAAUAUGGGGCAGGAAAAUUUGAGAUCCAGCAGAGGACUUUCUAGAAAUAAUGAAGCUACAAUAUCGAGAUCUAGAAAUGUUUCUACGGAAAGAAUGAGGUCGUCUUCGAAAACUAGAAUAUCAGAAGUGGAUAAAGGUCCGUCGAGGUCUUCUUCUAGAAAUAGGAAGCGUGAUCUUUCAGGAAAUAGAGAAGCUGGGUCGAGAUCAUCUUCGAAGCAGAGAGGAGAGACUAGGAAGAUUUCUUCGAGGAAUAGUUCUAGGGAGAGAUUCAAAGCUGUUGAUGUUAGUCCAAGUGAUUCGGAAACUUCUCAGAGGAUUGUGGGGAAGAAAAUUAGUAGGGAGAGACCGGAGAGAUUUAGGAGGAACUCGAGGGCCUAUGAUAGGCCUGAUAAGAACAGGCUGGAGGCUUCAGGUGUUAUUAGUGAGCGACUGAUGGCUGAAGCUCAUAUUAAUGUCAGGUCUUCGGUUAGCUAUGUUAUUGAUUUGAUUAUUCUUAUGGCUGCUAUUUAUCUUUAUUUGUUUAAAAAUGAACUUUUUGCGAUUCCGUUUAUAUUUCUUCUUAUCUAUCGGCAAGUUGAGGAAGAUAUCAGAGGAUGGAUUCCUAAAUGGUGGAAGGCGAAACCGAAAGAUAAUUGA